AUGUCUACUUCAUCUGUUGAUAUCCAGCCUAGCGCAUCAACAUCUACUGAAGAUAUUCCUAGUCUCAUGAUGCUUGCUGCUGCUGCUAUAGAACUUGCAGAGCAACAAGAGAAGGCCAGUGCCGCCGAGAUCCUUCUCAGCAUGGAGGAGAAUGCGCUGAAAGAGUUGAAGAAUAAUGCGCCGAAGAACGCGAAGGGACGGACACCACUGCCGGUCGCCCCAUCGGAGCGUCGGCCACAAUCACCUAGACCCGCCACAAUGUCAAAGACGGCGACGAAGUGUUCUGCGCCCUCGCAGACGGCGUUCCAGCCAGAGCGGGUGACAGGACCCGAGAGAGAGGCGGCGCCGGACUAUGCUGCGGUCUCACAAAAUACACCAUGGGCCCCGUCUCAGGAGGGCACGGAGCCGGCGUUGAAGCAAGCCCCUAACAAGAUGCAGUGCCUCUGCACCAAGUGUAUGGAUUCAUCCAUGGGUCAGGGUAAACAACAGACCAAGGCAACUUGGACCGAGCACAGCCGGGCCGAAAAGAGACACAACGAAGGCAGGCCAGCCAAGAUAAAGUGCAGCAGGUGCACUACAAUCAAUAAGCCCUGCAUGGUAGACGAUACUGGAGCAUCUUGCGCAGCAUGUACAUGGGUCAAAGAGAAAUGCUGUCGCGAAGGCGCCAAAUCGAACCGUCAUCGAUCUGGCGGAGACGGGACGCACCCAAAGAAGUCACCGAAGCUGCCCGUCGCGGACGCGGUGGUGCCUAAGCAGGCCAAACGGAAAGCUUCGGAGCCCAUGGAGGGCCCAAAGAAGGCACAGAAGCUGGCAGACGGGGGCAGACACACCUUUACCGAGGACGCCAGGGCGGAGCCGGAAGAGUCGUUCUUCUCUUCCUACACUGCAAAGGCAACAGACGGCGAAAACAACAUGCCUGUUGUCGGUGCCUCUCAUGGCAGCUCUCAGAACGGCAGGAAGUGCGGUGGCUGGGUGGUCGUCAACUAG